AUGACGUCUCUCCCGACAGCCAAUGCGGGCCGCAUCCUGGCAAACCCGAUACGCGGCCGUGUCCACAUUCACCACGAAAGCGAUGAUGAGUGCGUUGUUUUCAUUCGCUGCAAUGGUAGAGAAUUUCACAUCGAAUUGUCGCCUUUCUUCCUUUGCAAUUCGCCUCUCCUCACCUCUCGGUACCACCAAUUCACCGCGGCGGUCAGAAGCAGAGGGGGGAUGGGCGUGGAUCAGGAAGAAGGUGACUCGGACGAGGAAGAAGGUCCGGAAGAGAUCCAAAGCCGCUUUUAUGACUGGCUUAUCGCUGCUUUCAGGCCAGUCUUCUCAAAAGUAGCGCCGGGCGUCCCGCCGUCUUUUGAUCCUGAUAUGAUCAAAACGGGGGAAGCGAAGCCGCUGCUGUCUGAGUAUCUUUUCCCUGAGGUAUACCAAUGUCGGCUGGAAUCAGAAAACGAUGAGCCCUUCCCUAUUUAUAUGCCAGGCGAAGAGAGUCAGUUCUUGGAACCUUUCUGCCCUAUUUGGCCAGGCCUCACAACAGAACUCGAGCAACAUGUUAAAUUCUUCGAUCCGUCCACGAUCGAAGUCUCGUUCGAGCGCCCAAGACAGGCACUUGAUGAUAAGCCUACUCGAGUCCUAGUCGACUUGGAUGGAUCGGGCGAAAAGACAACUUGCUUCUUCAAGGAAUUCGGGGCUGGGGAGCUCAUCUCCCUUGAGAAGGAACUUGAAGCUCAUCUCCGACUCCUCAAGUCCAACGUGGUUCCCGAGGCGCGCGUGGUCCGUCUACUUGGCGUUGUAGCAGCAGAGGAUGGUAGGGUAGCGGGGCCGCUACUUACUUACGUUGACUGCCGCCGCGAGAACGACGGGAUUCUAGACGGCAUCUAUCUACGUCGUACGCCAAUCCCGGUAAGGGAACGUUGGGUGAGCCAGAUCAAAGAGGCGGUUCAGCAGCUCCAUGAAGGAGGCGUUGUCUGGGGCGAUGCGAAGGCCGACAACGUUCUGAUCGACAAGAAGAACGGCGCUUGGUUGAUCGACUUUGGGGGAGGUUAUACUGAAGGCUGGACCGACAAGGAGAAGAGUGGCACGAAGGAGGGGGAUCUGCAGGGAGUGGAGAGAAUUGUCGAUUAUCUGUUUAGUGAGGGGUAUGAGUCUCCCUCGCCAGGUUACGAAUUUGACUCGGCAUCGAACUAG